CACAUCCGCCUGCACAUGGAAGGCGCCCUGACCGCCCGGGACAAGAUCGGGGUGCAGGACUUUGUGCUCCUGGACGCGUACACCAGCGAAGCGGCCUUUCUGGACAACCUGCGCAAGCGUUUCCGCGAGAACCUCAUCUACACAUACAUCGGGACCCUCCUGGUGUCCGUGAAUCCGUACCAGGAGCUGGGGAUCUACACCGAGAACCAGAUGGGGCUUUACCAAGGGGUCAACUUCUUCGAACUGCCCCCACAUGUCUACGCCAUAGCGGACAACGCAUACCGCCUGAUGUGCUCGGAGCUCAGCAAUCACUUCAUCCUCAUCUCCGGCGAGAGCGGGGCGGGGAAGACAGAGGCCUCCAAGAAAAUCCUCCAGUAUUUCGCCGUGACCUGCCCAAUGACGGAGUCCCUGCAGAUCGCCCGCGACAGGCUGCUGCUCUCUAAUCCCGUGCUGGAGGCUUUUGGAAAUGCCAAAACCCUCCGGAAUGACAACUCCAGCCGGUUUGGGAAGUACAUGGACAUACAGUUCGACUUUAAGGGCAUUCCUGUAGGCGGGCACAUCAUCAGUUACUUGAUAGAAAAGUCUCGUGUCGUCCAUCAAAACCAGGGCGAACGGAACUUCCACAUCUUCUACCAGCUGCUGGAGGGCGGCGAAGAGGAGCUCCUGGCUUGCCUGGGACUGGAGCGAGACGCCCGGCUGUACAAGUACCUCUCACAGGGUCACUGUGCCAAAGAGCUGUCCAUCAACGACAAGAGCGACUGGGAAACGGUGUCCAGCGCCUUUUCGGUCAUUGACUUUACUGACGAGGACCUCGAGAAUCUCUUUGGGAUCAUCGCCAGCGUGAUCUGCCCCCUGACCACAGACCUGUCCAUCUACGCCCGGGAUGCCAUGGCGAAGGCUGUGUACGGGAGGACCUUUACUUGGCUGGUCAACAAGAUCAAUUCCUCUCUGGUCAACAAGGAUUUCACCAGAAAAACCGUCAUUGGCUUGCUGGACAUCUAUGGGUUCGAAGUCUUUGACAAGAAUGGUUUUGAACAGUUCUGUAUCAAUUACUGCAACGAGAAACUGCAGCAACUGCUCAUCGAGAGGACGCUACAGGCGGAGCAGGCAGAAUACGAGGCGGAAGGUAUAGAGUGGGAGCCCAUCCAGUAUUUCAACAACAAGGUCAUCUGCGACUUGGUGGAAGAGAGGCACAAAGGCAUCAUUUCCAUUCUGGACGAAGAAUGCAUCCGGCCUGGGCCCGCGACAGACCUGAGCUUCCUGGAGAAACUGGAAGAGAAAGUGGGCAAGCACGCGCACUUCCAAACGUACGUCCGGUGUGCCAGCCUGUCCCCUCUUUCCCUCUGUUUUUACUGUGAAUUGGAUGAAGGCCGACAGAGCGGGUCAUCAGUUUUCCAUUCGGUGAUCCAUACACCUGUUGCUGCAUUGCAUUCCUUCGAGGUGGGGACGCAGUUUAAGAACAGCCUGAGCAGCCUGCUGGAAAUCCUCGUCUCCAAGGAGCCUUCCUAUAUCCGCUGCAUCAAGCCCAACGACGGGAAGGAGCCCAGCAAAUUUGACUACUGCCUCAUCAAGCAUCAGAUCAAGUAUCUCGGGCUGAUGGAGCACCUCCGCGUGAGGCGGGCUGGCUUCAGGGACUCAAGGUGGCCGGGGUGGAGCAAUGCUAGGGCGUGCUUCCUAUCCCUCCCCUCUCCCUCCAGGUACAAGUCCCUGUGCCCAGACACCUGGCCGCAGUGGCAUGGGCCACCAGCAGAAGGCGUAGAACGACUGAUCAAGUACAUCGGCUACAAACCAGAAGAGUACAAGCUAGGAAGAACGAAAAUAUUUAUCCGUUUCCCUAGAACCCUGUUCGCGACUGAAGACGCCUUUGAGUUUAGCAAACAUCAACUAGUUGCUAGAAUCCAAGCCACAUACAAAAGCUGCUUAGAAAGACGAGGCUACCUGGAACAAAAGCGAGCAGCCACCACCCUAGAAGCUUACUGGCGGGGAGCCCUGGCUCGGAAGGAGGCCGAGAGGAGGAGGUGGGCCGUGCAGACGAUAAGAAAGUUCAUAAAGGGUUUCAUCCAUCGCAGCCAGCCCCUUUCUCCCGACGACGAGGAGUUUGUGGUGUUGGUGCGGAAAAAUUACAUCUUAAAUCUCCGGUAUCAUGUUCCAAAGGACAUCUUGGACAAGAGCUGGCUGAGGCCCCCUGGCAUCCUGGAAGAUGCAUCGGAUCUGCUCAGGAGGAUAUGCAGAAGGAACCUGGUCCGCAAGUACCGCCAAGGGCUCCCUCCCAACAAAAUCGCCCAGAUGCAGCAAAAGGUGGUGAUGAGCGACAUAUUCAGGGGGAAGAAAGAGGGUUACACAGAAAGCCUGAACCAGCCCUUCGCCAACAGCCGGCUGGACGGGGAAGACAUCAGCCCCAAGGUGCUCCAGCUCAUCUGCGCUGAGAAAAUCCAGUACGGCAUCCCAGUCAUUAAAUACGACAGGACUGCCUUCAAGCCGCGGCCCAGGCAGCUCAUCCUUACCCAGAAAGCCGCUUACGUGGUGGACCUGGCCAAAAUCAAGCAGAGGAUCGAGUACUGCACCCUCAAAGGUGUUUCCACCAGCAGUCUGGGAGACGGGAUCUUCGUCAUUCACAUCUCGCCUGAGGACUACAGGCAGAAGGGGGAUGCCAUCUUACAGUGCGAACAUGUCUUCGAGGUGGUCACGAAGCUCGCCAUGCUGGCUGACAAGGGGAACCUCGUCAAGGUGGUUCAGAAAAGUUUACAGUUUUACGUCAGCCCUGCAAAAGGAGGCACGAUCAUCUUCAACAGCGGGCCCGAAGAACAAGUCUACAGAGAUAAAAACGGGCAGUUGAUAGUGGUGUCACUUCGGACCAAGGCCUGGUAGAGGAAGACGGUCACCAUCUCUGAGGAAAGAAGCCGAGUUGGAGCCACCGUCAAAGGAAGGUUCUAGCAGCUCUGGGACAAGGGUCCCCUGUGAAGAAAGGAGGAGGGUGGCACCUUGCGCGUCUCUGCUGCCCCGUGUGUCGUCCAGGGAGCUACAGACGGUCUCCCUGUGCCGUGCAGCACGCUGAGGAGCCGCGCACAGCGGUGCUGAGAAACGGCCAGGUGUCUGGCUCCUUGAGGUCCUAGAGCUCCGCACCUGAAACCAGAGGUUCCCUAACCUUCAGCUGCUCCUGUCUGCUUUCUCACAAGCCCAGCAGGGGCCCCCAGAGGUGGUGGGCUGUGGGAGCGCUCCCGCGCUCAGUGCUGACAACUGCGCGUCGCGUGAGAGGCUUGCCGGUGUUUCCCAAGAGACCCAGAAGCCCGGCUUAGACAGAAGCAUGUACAACACUUUUAUUUGACACAGUCGCACAGAUGCUAACACCCGACAGUGGCUGCUUCUGAGACGGAGCGUGUUCGAGCGGAGACGGGCAGGUGACGGAGGGGCCAGUGACUCGGCUCUAGAGAAUGGAACUCACUCACACCUGACCUUAAAUGCGGUCUCCAUUUUGUUUUGAAGCUCAUUAAAAAACAACACCUUUUUGCUUUCUCUGGGAUGGCUC